CGACGCGCCGUGAUGCUGCUGCUGCCCUGCUGCAGGAUAAGUGACUUGACUUGGCGCUCAGGGGCUUCACAUCCCGGGCGGGCGGAGCAGAGACAGCAUGGAGCUCGGUGCGCUCCGGCACAGCCAGUGAUGCGCAGGAGGCUGGCCACUUGUGGAUGGGUUUUAUUUCAAGCAAAUUUUGCUUAUCAUUGGCAAAAUAUAGACUAUAUCUACCAGGAUUUAUUGUAAGAAGUGGACUUUUUUAAAGAAAUUUUGGACUCUUCAGUUAAAAAAUGUAGUCUAGACAUGUAGAGUGAUGGACAAACACAGAAACAAAGUGGGCUGAGAGGUAGAAAAAAAAAACACAAUCCAAAAUACAAACAGAAAAUAGAGACAGUUUGGAUAAGGCUGACUGAUCGAGGAACCAAGGACUGACAUCCAGGAUGCCCACCAUGGAUAUUAUACUGGAGGGGAUUAAACAGACAUCUCCAAGGAGUCUGUUACUGGCAUCUGUGACUCUGUUGGUCUCCCUUCACCUGUGGCGGUGGCUCCGGCAGGGGAUGAUCCACUGCCCGCCCGGACCGGUCGCCUGGCCGCUGAUUGGAAACGCUGCGCAAAUGGGGAAAAGCCCGCACGUUUAUUUUGCGCGCAUGGCGAAGAAAUAUGGAAACGUUUUCCAGAUUAAAUUGGGCUGUCGGACAGUGGUGGUGCUGAACGGUGCCUCCAUCAAGCAGGCGUUGGUUAAGCAGGGAGCUGAAUUUGCCGGCAGACCGGACUUCACCUCCUUCCAGUACAUCUCCAACGGUAACAGCAUCGCUUUUGGCACCAUCAGCGACUGGUGGAAGGUGCACCGCAAAGUGGUCCACUCCACCGUCCGGAUGUUCUCCACCGGGAACGAGCACACCAAAAAAACCUUUGAAAACCACGUCGUGUGCGAGUUCAAGGAGCUCCUCCGACUUUUUGUGGAGAAAACGGAGCAACACCAAUAUUUCCAACCCAUGACCUACAUGGUGGUGUCCACGGCUAACAUAAUGAGCGCGGUGUGCUUUGGCAAGAGGUACACCUAUGAGGACGAGGAGUUUAGGCAGGUGGUGGGGAGGAACGACCAGUUCACCAAAACAGUGGGCGCAGGGAGUGUGGUGGACGUGAUGCCCUGGCUCCAGUACUUCCCCAACCCCAUCAGAACUAUUUUUGACAACUUUAAACAGCUCAACCUGGAGUUUAGCACGUUCAUCCGAGAUAAAGUCGUUGAACACAGAAAAACAGUGCAGUCAAGCACCAUCAGGGACAUGACAGAUGCUUUUAUACUGGCACUGGACCAACUAAGAGAAACUGCUGCUGGGGUGACAAGCGGGAAGGACUACGUGUCCCCCAUUGUUGGGGAUAUAUUUGGAGCAAGCCAAGACACUCUGUCAACCGCACUGCAAUGGAUCAUCCUGAUACUUGUGAGGUUUCCUGAGAUGCAGGUGCGUCUCCAGCAGGAGGUGGACAAGGUGGUGGACCGCAGUCGGCUUCCCACCAUCGAGGACCAGACGCAGCUGCCUUAUGUCAUGGCGUUCAUCUACGAGAUCAUGCGCUACACCUCCUUCGUGCCGCUCACCAUCCCCCACAGCACCACCGCGGACACCUCCCUCAUGGGCUACUUCAUACCAAAGAACUCAGUGGUCUUUGUCAACCAGUGGUCCAUCAACCAUGACCCGGCGAUUUGGAUGCAGCCGGAGACCUUUGACCCCGAGCGUUUCCUGGAUGAGGAUGGAGCCCUGAACAAGGACUUGACUAGCAGCGUGCUCAUCUUCUCCCUGGGGAAGCGGCGGUGCAUCGGCGAGGAUCUGUCCAAGAUGCAGCUGUUCCUCUUCACCUCUCUGAUCGCUCACCAGUGUCAUAUCACCUCAGACCCGACCAAGAAGCCCACAAUGGACUAUGAGUACGGUCUGACUCUCAAACCCCACCCGUACUAUAUAUCAGUGGGUCUACGAGACAAUAUGGCUUUGCUGGAAGAGAUCAGCAGACAGACUCUCAGUGGAGAGACCCAAGAAGUUAAGGGCGAGCCGACUUCAGACUGACAAAAAAAAAAAUGGAUGCUGAAAUCAUAAUUAUAACAAUUAAAAAAUGAAGAUUGAAGGACAAAACACUGAAGAGACUGAUGAACUGUUGCUCAUCACCAUGUGCCACCAGGUAUCAUAUUAACAGUUCUGAAAAACAUAUUUAUAAGCUGAAAACUCAGGCAAAAUUCUUACUUUUUACAAACAUUAUUUUUAUAUUAACAUGACCUUGAUCUGAGGAAAAGUAUUGAUCAAUGACUUGUGAUCAGUGAUUGCUGACUUUUUUUUUUUUUAAGUAUUAGGUGUUCGUAGGUGACAGAUGGAAACAGAUGGUGGCAUCUAUUUCACUGUGGUGUCUACAUGAAAAACAUGGCUUAUUUUUGCACACUUCUUCUUUCUUGGCCCUUAUCCCCUCACACACCAUGGAGCAGCAAAGGCAAUCUGACAUGCCAAGAAUUAGUACCUUCAUCCAAUUCAUUCAUUUUUAAGACUUUAUUUGAUCCAAGUGAUUGAGUUAGAGAUAAUGGACAAAAAUGGUAUCCUAGACCGAACAAUGCUGUAGUGUUAUUGUAUAACAUAAUAAUGCUGGCAUGUUUUGGUUCUCGGUAAGGUGAAGGACCGCAGACAGCUGCAUACCACUUGAGAUCAGGCUUAACCGGACCUCAUUGUGGUUUGUUACCAGCACCAUGCCAAAUUAUAGUCUUAAUUAAAAGAUAGUGUAACACAGCGCUGACAUUACAGCAGAAUUGCCACAAGAAAUCAACAUGAAAGAAUCUGCGAGUUGAUUUCGAAAGCGUGAUCAUUCGAGUUUGUGUAGGUAGUUUAGGUAUCACAAUGUUGUCAUGCUUUGAAUUACAGAUCGACACUGCGAAAACAAAAAACAAAAAACAAACAAAAAAAACUCCUUUUAUCUACAAAAUGUUAACCUUUCAAAAUGAGUUUGGGCUUGACAACCGUGCAUUUUUCAAGUUUUAAAAAGGAUUCUAUAAGUUUGGAUGGUUAAGUAAUUCCACAUAGGGAGAAUUUAAUCCUUCAACUAAACUUAAAAUGUUAAAGUCAUGAAAAAAAAAAAAAAAAAAA